CGUCAAGAGGAAACCCAAAGGGAACAUGAAGAGGAACGUGGUAGUGAUAUAAGCAUAGACGGUAGGGAUGCAGACUUGCUAAUGACUAUAAGAGAUAUAUCGGAUAGUCUAAGUCAUCAAAUUCAGAAAGAAUCAGACCUGCCACAGAUGAUUACUACCCUUCCAUAUGUGAGCCAACCUCUUGCACUUUGUGAAUUGGCUCCAAUGGAUCAAACUGUACAAAUUGUAAAUGAAGAAUCUCAACUGGAAACAACAAAAAAACAGGUUGAGAUGAAAAAAAAUGAUGAAGCAGUUACUUUGGUUGAAAAAGAACCAGUAACUGUGCCUGAUAAAGAUGUGGAAGAAAAACCAAUAAAGAGAAGAAAGCUAUGUAAAAUAGCAAAUAAAGAGGUGCAACAUGAAGAUGAACAAGGUAAUCCACCCACAACAUCUGCUCAGAUCAUAUCAGUAUCUACAACACCUGUCCCAGAUGUGGAAAUCAGAGAAGUAGAUCCAUAUAAUCCGAUGUGGAAAGUGGAUCCAAAAUUAUGGAAGGGAUACUUGCAAUGGAAAAAAUCAAGAAAAACAACCCAUGAAGAAAGGAAAGUAGUCUCCACAACCAGAAAGAAAGACUUUUUCAGACAGCUUGAAGAAAACACAUGGGUACAUGGAGACACAUUGGAUCUGCUAUUCGCCCACUUGCAGAAUAAAAUGUUGCAUCUCAAGCACCAUUGCAAGCGUUCUUUUAGAAUAUUACAUUCCUCUUUUCUGACUGGAAUCAAUAAACCAGACUGCAUUGUUUGGAACCACAUUUUUGAUACUCAUCUGGUGACACCAGAUAAUAAGAAAGCUGAAUGGACAGACCCAACAGCACACCUAAGUAUAUGGACAGAAAAAGAUGUCGAAUACUAUUUCAACACUGCUGUUGGUGAUUACAACGACAUACCAGGGUGGGGAGAUGUCAACUACGUGAUUACCUGCAUCAACAUAAAAGAACACUGGUUGGCUAUUGCAGCUGAUAUGAGAAAAUGCAGGAUCUACGUGUUCGACUCAAUGCCAAAUUAUGUUGAGCAGAAACUUGUUGAUGAAGCUCUUCAAAUGCCUGCACGAUGCAUUGCCUCACUCGCGAUUGCAAUUGGAGUCAACCUCCAUUCAGAUCGUUUCACAUAUGGCCCUUGGCCAAUACGCAGAUCGAAGGCCACAUUACAGAAAGGGCGUUCAUUGGAUUGUGGAAUUUUCUGUACCAAAUUUGUUGAAUGCCUUGUAACUGCUAGUGACCUUGGUUGUCUAACUGUGCCAAACAUGAAACUGUUUAGACAACAAUAUGUGCUGGAACUUUGGGCCAAUAAAUACUUUUGUUAAUAUUUGUAUUCGUUUAUAUAAUUUUUUUAUGUAAUUUUUAUAGAGAGAAUAA